GCGCAGAACUUCCCCCACGCAGACACGAAUCACUUUAAGCUACACACACUACUACCCUGAACUUGAAAUUGGAAUUGUAACACUGUGUAUGUUGAUUCCUUCUACAUACAUCCAGACAGGGCUUAAUUUGGUAUACGUGUCGACAAAGUGAACGACUGAGCAGCUAGACCAUACUUCUAUUUUGAGUGUAAAAUAUUCAUCUAACCAUGGACCGAAAAGGGAAAAGAACAGGAAAGACAGACGCCAGAGACAAGGAUGCUGAUCUACCACCGGAACAGAAAAUGACAAAGGCGAGCAAAGAGACACAAGGAGGUGAACCAGGACAGCUGGAUACGAGUGCUGACAAGGGAAGUAAGAGGAAGAGGCCCGUCCCUAAAGAGCUGAAGAAAAGGAAGAAACCAAAAACGGAUGAAGGAUCGGAUUCUGAGGUUGAUGAGCAAAGUAAGGAGAAAGAAAGGAAGAGGUCAAAGGCGGGCGUAAAAGCGAAGACAAACGCGAGACGAGAUGUUGAGAAUGAUAGGACCGACAGUGCUUCCACCAGAUCAGAUGACUCUGGCGAUGAUCGAGUUGAUGAUGAUCUCAAUUCGGCAUCCGAAGAAGACGACGCAGACGAGGAAGAACCCAUGGAUUGUGCAGAAGUGGCAACUGAAGAUAUCAGCAAUGAAACCCAGCCCGAAGGAUCCAAGACGCAACCUGGAACCUCGAUGAAUUUCCAGUCAGUUAGGCAGGAAUUCACCCGGCCACAUGAGACGACACCCAUUACCCAACAUGACACGACUGCAUCUGACCAAAAAGAUAAUGCACCAAGACUCACUGGCAAUAAAGCCUCCUCUCCUCGUAAGACGGAGAAGAAAGUAAACAUUACCCAAGAAUCGUACUAUCCUACAAGUCGACAGAGGCACUCACAGAAAUCGAGGCAAGAUUCCGUCAGGUACAAUAAUCAGACUUUUUCGUCAUUCCCUCCUGGACAAAGAUCUUCACAAACCCAAAGAACUUACAUCAGUUCAUCAGUCACAAGCAGGAACAUGAAAGGGCGAACUCUUGGUCUGAGCAAGGAAGCAGAAACAUCCUCUCAUGGGCAUGAUGGGUGUCGAAAGUACUGUUGGAUUUUGUUAUUGCUUGCUGCAUUUGUCGUUGCUCUAUUCGCCUACGGAAUUACGAUGGAUGUCAUAAAGAUUGACGAUUUGCCAACUGUGGUGAAAGAAGUUGGGUCCUCUGUGUUUUCCUCUGAGUGUGUGAAAAGGAAGCGAUCUGAACGGUUUGAUAUCUUAAUGCAAGAACAAGACAAUCUUCUCAAACAGUACCCAAGCCUUGAUGAAUCAGCUCUCCCUAUCAUUGCCGGUGCUUCCUUCGACCACGUAAAUGACCACCAUGAACUUGUAAGACCGGUCGUCUUGCUACUUGUCGGGAAAGACGACGGUAAGACCAAUGUCAAUGACGUCGCUCACAGCGUCGCUACGAUGUACGCCAACGUCUUUUCAUCGGAGCGUCAAGAGAACGACGUUGUAGGGAUCGUCGGCGCAUACCUCGAGGAAUCCUCUGCAGAUGAAGUGAAGAAAGAAGUAGAAAGCCACAUAGACGAAGGCUUCAGUGAUUGCUCCAACGUCGCCCUCAUUACCGAUGUCGACAAACUUCCCCCAUGUGCAGCCACGAUGUUCCAUGCUUACUGUGACAACGACAGCGCUCCUCAUAAAGACGCGGUCUUCAUCUUUACCAUGACGCUUAAUGCCGAAUUGAAAGAAAACGCACCAACUUCAGAAGUUGAAAAAGCAGUCCAAGCACAGCUCAGUGAUAGCUGGAGUAGAUGUCCUGAAGAAUUUUCGCAGGCUAAGAUUGUAGCAAUGCACAGCCGCGUUGCAAAUAACAUAGUCAUCAUCUAAUUACUUAAAAGUUAAGAAUCAAAUACAAAAUAGAGUGAUAUAAUGUCUUUGAGUUCCCACCAGAUUCCAAUGUUUUUGUUUACAGUGUUUUAGUUUCUUUAUAAUGUUAGGAUUCACUGGCCAAAGCUAACUUCGUAGGUGGUCUCAUCAAUAUUGCUAUACACCUGCUUUGCCACAGUAUUUCAAAAGUCAAAACCGACAUAGAAAUAUACCCAUGUAUUUUCUACUCUAUUAAAUUCCUACGUUCUUUCUUCGUAAAUGUUAUACACCAAGCAGGUUGAACCCUGUAAAUAUUUGCCUGAGACCGCUAGUCAAAACAUUCUGUAGAGUGCACAUAAAAUCAGAUUCAACAUUAUGAGGGCAUGAUAAUGUCAACGCAAUUGAUAAACUUAGAAACAUUACACCCUUUCUUAAAGGGAUGCUCCGGGCUGAGAAUAUAUAUAUCUUAAUAAAUAGAUUAAAAUUCACAGAGCAAAAUGCUGAAAAUUUCAUCAAAAUUAGAUAACAAAUAACGAAGUUUUUGAAUUUUAAAGUUAAUAUUUAGUGAAAACAGUUAUAUGCACGUCGUCAUGAAUAUUCAUUUGGUGUGCUGAUGAUGUCACAUCCCUUUUUCUUGUGUUAUUACAUGAAAUCAUAAUUGUUUCAUACAUGUGUAAAUGAUGUGUCUCCGUUAUGAAAUAAGUUACAUCAAUUUAUAACUAAUGCAAUUAAUCAGUUGUCAAUUGUUUUAGUUCUUGGUAGAAAAUUUUUGAAUAAACCUAAUUUCAUAUAAUAAAAUACAAAAAGACAAAUGGGGAUAUGACAUCAUCAGCCCACCUAAUAAAUAUAGAACUGUUUUACCGGAAUAAUGCAAAUUCAAUAACUUCGUUAUCCGAAUUUGAUGAAAUUUUCAGCAUUUUGCUUUGUGCAUUUUACUCUAUUAUUUAAAUAUGAAUAUCUUCAGCCUGGAGCACCCCUUUAAUGUUUUUCAUUUCUUACCUUAUUCACAUUCUGUUCCUUUUCUUAUCAUUCCUCUUCGUGCUCCUAUUCUUCUUCUUAAGUCUUCAUCUUCUUCAUAAUCUUUCUUCUUUUUCCUCUUCUUCUCCCCAGUCUUCUUCUUCAUCAUCUUUCUUCUUCGUCCUUUCUUCUUCUUCGUCGUCCUUUCUUUUUCCUCCCCUUUCUAUUCUUCUUCCUCUUUCUCUUCUUAUUCUUCUCCCUUUUCCUCGUCUUCUUCCUUUUUUUUUGCAUAAAAUUUAGGUCUCAACCAUUUUUUUCCUAUUUGAUCGAUCAUCGCGCGUGUGUCCAGCAAAUAUUGUUGAGUAUCAAACGCCCCCUCCCCAGCCCCCUGAAUAAUAUUUGUGAAGAAACUGUUGAAAUGUUCUAUAUGAAACCUCAAAACUCAUUGUAAACAGCAGACAGAUUUCCAUUGACUACACGAUUGAGAAUGAGAGAUUCCAUGGACAAACCACUCAGACAUGAAGGUAAAAA